AUGAGUAAGCUACGUACUUGUCCUCAUCAACACCCACAAAUACGACAAAAAUUUGAAGACAAAUUUCGAGCAUUGGAAAAUGAACUAAAACAAAAAAAUGAUACGAUUGAUAUACUUAGAAAUGACAUUGUUUCUCCUAAUCAAAAAAAUGAUCUAUCGCGAGCACCAUGUAUUCCAUCAACAACUCAACAAAUGGUUAUAUGUAAUACUUCACAACGUACAAAUGUAAAUUCAAAUUGGAAUAUACUUAUUAAAGAUCGAGAAAUAGCUAAAUUGAAAGGAUUAAUCUUUCAAAAAGAUAGUGAACUUAUUGAACUUAUAUCAUCGAACAAAAAUGCGUUAUUACAGAUGGAAGAUCGAAUGGAACGUGAAAGAAAACUUUGGAAUGAACAUAAAGAACUUUUAAUAGCCGGUGAACGAGCAAAAUUUGAAGAAGAGAAAAUUCGAUUAUAUAAAAAUUUACAAGAUCAAUUAAAACAUGAACAAGAACGUUGUCAACGUUUAGAAAAGAAAUUAUACGAUGCACAAAUGCAAUCGAGUGAAGCCCAACUAAUAUUAAAAGAAAAUGGUCGUGAACGUAUCAAUGCUAUCUAUAAUAUGAAAGAACAAUGUCGAAAAGAAUUUCAUGAUGAAGUUUCUCGACUACAUAAUCAAUUUCAAAUGGAAAAAGUUAAUGAAUUAACUCGUGUUCAACAACGUAUGCAUGAAUUAGAGAAUACAUUAGAUCGUCUGUCAAAUGAAAAUGCUGAUGCAUCUGCAUGUCAACAAGAAUUAAUACUCAAGAUGGAAACAUCUGAAAAAGCUUGUGUCCGUUUAGUACAUGAUUCUAUUACAAAAUUGCUUAUGGCAAUGGACAGUUCAUCUCAUACAUAUACAAAAAUUCCACAAGUUACCUCAUUUACAUACGAUCGAGAAGCACUUAUCGAACGAUUACCAACUCGAAAUGUACUUAAAUUGCUUGACGAUACGAUUGAGGAUAUUCGAAAUUAUAUUAUGGAAAAAAAAAUACAAAUUGAAGUAAAAAAGAAAUCUAAAACAACAACUGAUCAAUCAACAGAUUAUCCUGAUCGAACACACGAUGAUGCCAAUCAAAAUCAUUGUCAACAAACAACAAAUUCUUUAUUAAAACAAGAAAAAGAAAAUAAUUAUUAUGUUCAUGAUAUUGAUCUUUUAUCUAAGGCAUAUGAUAAAUAUCAUUCACAAAAUAAAUCUCGUAAGCCUUUUCAAUUAUCUUCUCAACAAAAUAAUACAAUUGAUAAUCUUGUACAAAAACUUGAGAAUCAUAUUGCAUAUGAACUUGAUCGUGUGACUAAACAACGGUUAACAUUGAACAGUGCAAAUCAUUAUGAUGAUCUAUCAAUGUUAUAUCAUUCAAAAAUGCCUAAAAAAGUAUUUCGAAUCAAAGAACAAAGUCUAAUAUAUGAAUAA